AUGCCAUGUCGACGACCUCAUCGGAAGUCCAGACUGGGCUGUAAGAUGUGCAAGUCCCGCCGAACCAAAUGUGAUGAGGUUCACCCGACCUGUUCAAAUUGUAGGAAGCAUGGCGUCGUGUGUGACUUUGAGAUAUCUCGCUGGGCAUCGGCCACAAGUUCCACCUUGCCACCUAUGAAGACCCCGCCGCUCCAGAAGAGGGCGGGCCUAGAAGAUGGUCCUGUCGACCAUCAAUCGCCAUCAUCAUGGUCAGAUUUUGCAGAGUCACAAGCGAAGAGUUCUUCCCCCCAGUUAGAUACUACCAGCCAAGUGUCAAGUCCCAGGUCCUCUCAAUUGGUGCUUUCAAGGAUGGACACUCCCACUGAUCGGCUCUUGGAGCUGAGACUAUUGCACCAUUAUGUUACAAUGACUACACCCACGUUCCAGAGCCGUCAAAUGGGAGACAUCCUCGUCUCAACUUCAGGAGGUAACAUCUACGCAAACUGGAUGGUGAGACUUGCCCUCGAAACACCUAGCGUUAUGGACGCCCUCCUCGGGUUCGCUGCCUUCCACCUCCGCCAUGUUAACAAAGCCGAUGAGCAAGCGGCCUUCGCCUCACUCAAGUUCAUGACCCGCGCCAUCUCCAAACACGCCGAGAACAUCCGCUUCGGAAUAACUCCCGAGAAUGCAGAGAUCUGCUUCGCUACAAGCACGCUCAUAGCCUUCCACUCAGCUACCACCUACCGCCUGACACAAGAAGAACAACUCAAUCAUGCCCCGACUCUUCCCUUGCAUUGGUUUAGUCAUUGGCAAGGCGUCCGUGUUGUCCUAGCAGAAGGAUGGGAUUAUAUCAAGACCGAAGAUAUCAAGGCUGUACUACUUUCAGAAACCCUCUCCACAAGGACCCUGUUACUCUUAUCCAACCUCCCGACCCCGCAUACAUUCUCCUUCCUGGUUGCGGACCUCGACCGCGAGAUGACAGACGAGGAGACCCAAUUUGCUUACGACUCAGCGGUUGGAUGGCUAGCAAAGGCAUACUCCUGUCUCGUGUUGCGAAACGUCUUCAAAUUUACUGCUGUGGUGACCAAACGCUUCAUCCAGCUUCUAGAACAGAAAGAUCCGAGGACUCUCUGUAUCUGUGCUUACUUUUUCGUGUUGAUGAAGAAGCUGGAUACACUUUGGUGGUUGGAUGGCGUGGCGGCCCCGGAAUUCUGGGACCUGAUGUCUUUUAUUCCGGAGGAAUGGAAACCGUUGAUGGAAUGGGGUGUGAGGGAGAUUGGGAAUGGUGCAAAUUCGCCGCAGAUUGAAACUCUUGGAUCGCAGGGGUUGGCUUUUACUUGA